AUGGCAUAUUUCGGGGAAAGCUUAAUCGGCAUAGUUUCAGAGUGGUAUAUGGAUCAGGACAUAUCUCGAUGGCACAUUUGGGACGAUCUUGCCAGAGAUUUUGUUCGACAAUUUCAGUACAACAUAGACAUUGCACCGGAUAGGAAUUCUUUGACAAAUCUAAGGAAAAAGCCCUCAAUAAGCUUCAAAGAAUAUGCCAUUAAGUGGCGCGAACAAGCAUCAAGAGUGAAGCCUCAAAUGGAUGAGGUAGAGAUGGUCACUGUCUUCCUGCAAGCCCAAGAGCCCGAUUAUUUCCAGAAUAUGAUGUCGGCCAUGGGAAAGCCUUUCGCAGAAGCAACUAAAAUCGGGGAAAUGGUAGAAAAUGGUCUGAAAACGGGUAGAAUCUUGAGCCAGUUGGCCAUAAUAGCGACCUCCCAAGCCAUCCAAGGCGGGUCUGGAGGAAUGGCCAAAGGAAAAAAGAAAGAAGAAAUGGUCAUGGCAGCGUCAGGAGGAAGGAGAUAUCGGGAUCAUAGACUGGUGUUCUCCGAAAGAACCCCUCAACACUACUAUCCUCACAAUGAUAUGGCCUACGCUCCCUCACCUUAUGCGGUCAUGAAUGCUCAACCUUUCGGCCGACCGCAACCACAAGCCAACCGAAAUCCACCUCCAUUCCAAAGAAACCAACCUCCUUACCAGAACCAAUAUAAUCCCCGACCACCACAAAAUAACUUUCGCCCCGGGAACCAACUAGGAGGCCCAACGUUACACCAAUCGCCUAUUCCCCAAAACAGGCAGAAUCCGGAAUCUCCAACUUACCAACGAGGUGUCCACUAUGAUUAUCAUUCAGGAGCUGAGGGGCAUAGUACUGAUAACUGCUGGACCUUGAAGAAAGUUGUGGAAAAUUUGAUUGAACAAGGAAAAAUAGUAUUGAGGGAUGAAGAAUCCCCGAAUGUGACCAAUAAUCCAUUGCCCGCUCAUAACAACGGGCCGGUAAUUGGGAUGAUCUGUGAAGACAAAGAGUUCGAUCCCGCCUUGAAAUCUAUAAUUGCUAUUGCUGAUGCAAAAUAG